UUGCAUUGCGGCACCUGGAGCGCGUGUUUUUAGCAAGAAACUUAAAUUUAUUAAUUAAAAAGGCAAUAACAUGUCGCUAAUAACACGUUUGCUAAAUGGCAACAUGCCGCGGCGUCUCGGCGCCCUAAAAACCAUGCAGCAGCUGCAGUGCGGCUAUAGCUCGCAUGCCAAGUAUGCAGAGCUGAAGCCUAUAGAGAAGAUUAGGAAUAUAGGCAUCUCAGCGCAUAUUGACAGUGGCAAGACAACGUUAACAGAACGCAUACUUUUCUAUACGGGGCGCAUAGCGGAGAUGCACGAGGUGCGCGGCAAGGAUAAUGUGGGUGCAACGAUGGACAGCAUGGAGCUGGAACGACAACGUGGUAUUACCAUACAGUCUGCUGCCACUUAUACGCUCUGGAAGGAUACGAAUGUCAAUAUAAUCGAUACUCCUGGUCACGUGGACUUUACGGUGGAAGUGGAGCGUGCGCUGCGUGUGCUCGAUGGUGCCGUCUUGGUGCUCUGUGCCGUGGGCGGCGUGCAGAGCCAGACGCUUACCGUAAACAGACAAAUGAAACGUUAUAAUGUGCCUUGUCUAGCUUUCAUUAACAAACUGGAUCGCUUAGGCUCGAAUCCCUAUCGCGUGUUGAGUCAAAUGCGUUCCAAGAUGAAUCACAAUGCUGCAUUUAUACAGUUGCCAAUUGGUGUGGAGAGCAAUUGCAAGGGUCUAGUUGAUUUAGUGCAGGAGCGCGCUAUUUACUUUGAAGGUGAACAUGGCAUGGACCUGAGAUUAGACGAAAUACCAAAAGAUAUGCGCGUGGAAAGCCAAGAACGUCGACAGGAGCUUAUAGAACAUUUAUGCAAUGCGGACGACACACUGGGUGAACUAUUUCUGGAGGAGAAGGCCAUAACAGAGUCGGAUAUCAAGGCAGCGCUGAGACGCAGCUGCAUUAAGCGCACCUUUACGCCCGUGCUCGUGGGCACAGCGCUUAAGAACAAAGGCGUGCAGCCGCUGCUGGAUGCAGUGAUUGAUUAUCUGCCACAUCCUGGCGAGGUGGAGAAUUUGGCUUUCAUAGAACACUCUGGCGAGGAGCGUCAGCAGAUAGUUCUGAAUCCCGCACGCGAUGGCAAAGAUCCCUUUGUUGGCUUGGCCUUUAAACUGGAAGCUGGUCGCUUUGGUCAGUUAACAUAUCUGCGUUGCUAUCAGGGCGUCCUGCGUAAAGGCGACAAUAUAUUCAAUGCACGCACCAACAAAAAGGUGCGCAUUGCUCGACUGGUGCGUCUGCAUUCCAAUCAAAUGGAGGAUGUUAAUGAAGUCUAUGCGGGUGAUAUAUUUGCCCUCUUUGGCGUCGACUGCGCAUCAGGUGAUACUUUCACCACCAAUCCAAAGAAUAAUCUGGCAAUGGAGUCCAUAUUUGUGCCAGAACCUGUAGUGUCCAUGGCCAUUAAGCCCAACAAUUCCAAGGAUCGUGACAACUUUUCGAAAGCCAUUGCUCGCUUUACAAAGGAAGAUCCCACUUUCCACUUUUACUUUGAUAACGAUGUUAAGGAAACUCUCGUCUCUGGCAUGGGUGAGCUGCAUCUGGAGAUUUAUGCACAGCGCAUGGAGCGUGAAUAUGGCUGUCCCGUUACCUUGGGCAAACCCAAGGUAGCUUUCCGUGAAACGCUUGUGGGUCCUUGUGAGUUUGAUUAUCUACACAAGAAGCAGUCUGGCGGUUCGGGUCAGUAUGCGCGCAUCAUUGGACUUAUGGAGCCGCUGCCUCCGCAACAGAAUACGCUGCUUGAGUUUGCGGAUGAAACUGUGGGCACCAAUGUGCCAAAACAGUUCGUGCCCGGCGUGGAGAAGGGCUACCGCGAGAUGGCGGAACGUGGCAUGCUCUCCGGCCACAAACUCUCUGGCAUACGUUUCCGUCUGAAGGAUGGUGGUCAUCAUAUUGUGGACUCUAGCGAGCUGGCCUUUAUGUUGGCUGCUCAUGGUGCCAUCAAGGAAGUCUUCCAGCAGGGCUCCUGGCAAAUCCUUGAGCCUAUUAUGCUGGUAGAGGUUACGGCGCCUGAGGAAUUCCAAGGCGCUGUCAUGGGACACCUAAGCAAACGUCACGGCAUCAUCACAGGCACUGAAGGCACAGAGGGUUGGUUCACUGUCUAUGCUGAGGUACCGCUCAACGAUAUGUUUGGCUACGCCAGCGAAUUGCGCUCCAGCACCCAAGGAAAGGGUGAGUUCACCAUGGAGUACUCACGUUAUUCGCCUUGCUUACCUGAAGUCCAGGAACAGAUUGUGCGUCAAUAUCAGGAAUCCCAAGGUUUAGCUCAACCUGAAAAGAAGAAAAAGAAAAACUAAUCAGUUGAGCUUCAGCUUUUUAUUUAGGCGUAACUUACAUUUUGCUUAGUUUAUUUCUAUUUCUACAACAAAAUCUUUAGUUUUUACUGUGAUAAACCCAAAACCGACAAUUUGUACAGAUGUUUUGUAUUAAAAACCAUGUAAAAUAAAAUUUAACUUAAAACACAAAGUUUCGCGCACUAACUAGAAUUUGUUGCUGUUAGAACAAAUACCAGAUUCGUUUACAUAAUUUACA